AUGUCCUCUGUGUCUGGAACCAUUGAUUUCCCUGUUGGAAGUGCUAUAUACCACACAUGGUACAAAAUUUACGGUGACCUCAAAUCGGAGUGUACUCCCCUUGUUGUUGUUCAUGGAGGACCAGGAAUGACCCAUCACUAUAUUCCAGUCAUCUUCUAUGACCAGAUUGGAAAUGGUGCCUCUAGUCUUGCGCUUCAAGAGGCUGACACAUUCUGGACUCCCAAGCUCUUCAUGGAUGAAUUGAAUAAUCUAGUAGAAAAACUUGGAAUUUCCGGAAAUUUCAAUCUCCUCGGUCAUUCCUGGGGUGGCAUGCUGGUUGGGAACUAUGCCGCAGAGCGUGUACCUAAAGGCCUCAAGCGAAUCAUUAUUGCUAAUGCCCCAUCAGCAAUUGAUUUAUAUGAAAGAGGUACCAGGAAGUUGCUGAAUCAAUUCCCUGACAACUUUGCAGAUAUGUUGCAAAAACAUGAACUGGAGGGUACCAUGGACAGCUCAGAGUUCCAGGAAGGAAUGAUGAAAUUUAACCAAAAACACAUAUGCACUGUAGAUCCUUGGCCUCAAAAUUUGAUUCAAAGUUUCAAUGCUGUUCAACAGAACCCACAUGUCUACUCCACAAUGUGGGGACAUACCGAUUGGAACAUCACAGGAACAUUGCGGGGAUGGAGUGUUGUUGACAUAUUGCCUUGCAUCAAGGCAAAAACACUCUUGAUCAGUGCACCCUUUGAUGAAGUCCAGGAUAUUGCUGUUCAACCAUGGUUCAGCAGAGUAUCCCAAGUGAAAUGGGUGGAGCUACAGAAUAGCACUCACUUGCCUCAGUUUGAAGAGCCAGAAAGGUACCACAUUGACAACUUGUAUCCUUGA